GAGAAAAUCUAUGCUUCAAUUCAUCAUCGCCGUCUUUUCUCUCUUUGAACAGUGCAAACGAUAUUGUCCCCCCAACGGGCCUCGCUCGUCAUAACGUAAGGAGGUUAAUAUGGUGUAUAUAUUUCUGCUAAAUCACCUCCUUCUUAAUUACAUAUGAACUACCUAGAUUUAGAACUUUUACGAUUCAAAGCAUGUCUUGAAACUUCGAAUAACCAGGCAAAUCGUCGCCGUUUCGAACCAUCGAUUGUUAUGUGAGGUGUGGUCGUAUACGGCGUACUCCCCCGAUGCUCGAGAAGACAGCCGCCAGUUUGGAACCCUGCGGCUUCCAGCGAGUAGUUCCUGGCGCAACACAGUCCUUACGAAGUACGAGACAGCUUCAUAAUACCUUUUGGCAGCAUGGCGCUGCUGGUCUUGAGCUUACCGCCACUUGGCAAGCUUUAAUGCACGGUACCUUGGAUAUUCCUAGCUCGGCCUCUAACCAGACCCAAAGCUCGACUCUAAACGCUUCGACAUUCCUUCUCGACUUCCUAUACCCAAGAGGGGCUAUUGCGCUCGGACGUCGAUUAACUCGAACCAAUCUCGCAUCAUCUAGCUGUUCUAACAGUCUCGUUCAUAGACAGCGCUUCGAAAAGCCUUCGCCUUGUCUAUAUGCCUCCUCAUCCUCUCGUCGUAAAAAGCAAGCCGACAACAAAACAACCAACGUAGCUAGCGGCCAGAAGUCACACAAACAUAGUAGCAGCAAUGCUACCGGUGGAUCCGGCGCCACGGAUCUAGAAGAUGUCGAUGUGAAGGAAACGGAUAAGAUAUCGAAUACCGUUAGAGAGGAUCCUGCUAAGGCGGUUGAUACACAAAUACACGAGAUACCGGGGGGGUCCAAUACCACCGUCAACGGCUCGAAUCAUUCGACCACGGAUGGCCACCAUUCUGUGACGCUCAAAAUUCUACUAAACAGUACCAGUGACGACCCCGAAGAUGUCUGGUAUCAUUAUACAGAGUUGGAUGAAUCGUCGCAAGCAGUUCACAUACACCAAGUUUUAGUUUAUCUUGCGCAAAGUGGUCGAAUUUCCGAUUCGUGGAAGAUCUCGGAGCUAUUUCAUAAGUUGCCUUCGUCCCAAUGGACGAACCAAGUUUUCGUCGCGGGUGUUACCGCCGAAAUUAAUCUACAGAAUGUCGAACGAGCGCUUGAGGUAUUUGUUAAAGGGCUAGAGUAUGGUUAUCUCGAUGAACUUUUCCUAGUCGACGCCUUGGAUUUGAUACUUGCUAGCGCCUUGCGAUCUUCUACACCAGAAUCGUUAAAAAGGUUAUGGAAGCAUUACCCUGCUAUGGCUGCACGAUGGGAUUUCGCAGGUAUUACAUCGCAAUUGAAACAGGUUGCUCUAGUACCUGGACUGGCUACAAAAGCUCUUGAAUUCGAGACGCGUGAGCGAGUGGAAUUAGAAGAUCCCGAGGGCGGGGAGCUUGGUCGGGAAGCGCUUGAUGCCCUCCAGAGGAUUUUAGUUCGAAGAGCGCUUCCCUCGUGUGCCGACGAUCUAGUAAUUCCUCUUCUCGAUUUAACGAAAGAUUCCUACGCCUUUGAAGAGUUUCUGUGCGGAACCACCUCCAGGGGCAAGCAAAAUCUCGCGAUUGAAGUGUAUGCGGCCUAUCGCGACUUACCAGGGAGCAGACCCAGCCAUGAUGUCCUUCAUGAAAUGUUCCAGGCGUACAAACGCCUGCGCGCACCAAUGUCACUAAAAUACGACGGGCUUCAGGAGGUAUGGAAUGAUUGGUAUAAUUUUCAUGGUAUUCCUCCUCAUAAAGCAUUUCAGAAACAUUUGUCAUUCUACGCAGCUCGAGGAGAUGUGGGUAGAGUCUACGAGCUUUGGAUCGGGCUUAUGGAACAACACCGUGAUAACCCGUAUGUUUCACAAUUUCAAGCUGACGACAUAUUUGCGCAUUUACUUCAGGUUCAUGCCGUUCAAGGUGAAUUUGCAGAGGCGCAGCGCAUUUUCGACGAUAUACGGUGGAAAUUUCGCAUUGAACCAACCACUUACUGCUGGAACAUUCUCCUCAAUGCCUAUGUGAAGGCCGGCGACUAUGAAGGCGCCAUAUCUGUUUUUGAAGGGAUUGUUGCGGUGGGGAAAUCAGACGCAUAUAGUUUUGGGACGAUGAUGCAAAUGGCCGGUGAUAGAGGAGAUUUAGGGCUCGCAACCGACAUAUAUCGACAAAGUCGACGCAACCAGAUACCAGCAUCCAGCGCCAUAUUUGGCAGCCUCAUCGAUGCGUAUUGUCGUAAUGACCACCCAAAGGCAGCUGAGGACCUCUGCCUUAACGCAGUUAAAAAAGGAAUUUUCGAAACUCGGAUAUGGAAUAACCUGCUAUCGUACCAUGCCACUCGUCGAGAUCUUGGCAACAUCAAUAGAAUUCUCGACGUCAUGGCCGAAAAGGGCGUUCCUUACGACUCAUUUACUUACUUACAGUUGCUCCGAGGCCUGGCCUUAUGCCGGCAGUCAAGUCAUGCUCUUAGCUUGCUUGCAGUAGCACUGAAGGACAAAGUUUUCGAAGCCACCGCCGAGCAUUUUCACAUCGUCAUGAGUGCUUUACUCAUAACUGGAGAGCCUGGACCAGUCCGUCGCCUUCACAAGUUGAUGCAAGAUGAAGGGUUCCCCACAUCAUCUCACAGUCUAUUCCGACUGACACAGGCACUUGCUCAAUGGAAGAAAUUUGCUCCACAAUUACGAUCGCGUGCGACCGCAACGGAAUGGGUAGGCAAAGCGUUCCGUUCAUUCACCAAUAUAUAUGGCCUAGAAGAUCGAAACGUACUAAAAAGGCUAUCACCGCCGCUUCCUAGGCCCAGUUCGGCGGGCGAGCUAUUAGGACAGGGCAUUGAAAAAUAUCAUUUUAGUACUAUGGUUGAAAUGUUGACUCAACUAAAAGACUUUUUCCGAGCCCGUGAGCUCGCCGAUCUAUACGUAUAUCUCUUUAAAGGUCGACAAGAAUCGGAUAACGUUCUACCUGUGAGAAUGCUCAAUUCUGUCAUGCUCGCGAAUCUUUACGAAAAGAAAUACGAUGAGGUUAGCGAGACGUGGAACGUCCUCUUUGAAACUGCAAAGAAAGAGAGUAAGUCAGCCGACUACACCGAGGGUUUGCCGCAUACGCCGAAAGUCUCAGCUAGAUACCGUUAUGUCCUAUCAGAUGGUCUAGCGGUCAUGCAGAAAAUGCUAUUAAUCAAGGGAGAUGCCAACGGUCUCAUCAGUCUAGUACGAGAGAUUCGAGAGGCAGGAUUCGAGAUAGAUAGCAAGAAUUGGAACUAUUACGUUCAAGUUCUUGUCAAGAUGAAGAAAUUUGAAGAGUCAUUUAGGACAUGCGAAAAGAUGCUUAUGCCAAAUUGGACUGGUUGGUACGUAGCGCGUGCCAGAGAGACCCUCCAGGGCAAUCUAUCUCUUGACGCGCGCCGUAUGGGAUCCACUCCCCGGCAUCUUCGACCGAUCGCUACCACACUAUAUCAUCUCGCACGAGGCUAUAUGGAGCUUGAUCGGGUUUCCCCUUUCUCCGCCGAUGCGGCUAAACAAAAGGGGUCUAUAGAAAGACAUUGCGUACAAGUGGUCCGAGCCAUCAAGUCUAUGUCACGGGUGUACUCGAAUCUAGAGAACCAAAUUUUGGGUGAAGAAGAUUUCUUCAAGGAUGCUGAGGCCGAUGCGGACGAGCAUGACCUUGAUUUGGCACCUAAUGAAAAAGACAGCACACUCGGAAUCUGAUCACCUUGUACAGAGACGCUUGUCAGAUGUUAUACAUGUAACACUAUCUACUAGGUACCUAGAUCGGAUAUAUGCCCCUGCAAAUACCACUUAGACUAUUAAAUAUGAAUGACCAACUCAUCAAUUAC